AUACAUAAAAGAAAAACAAAGCUUAAUUAAUUAUUUUUGAAGACUUAAGAGCACGUGUAAUCUGGAGAGUGAAAGAGAGGACGAUUGAGAGAAAAUGGUGACGAGGGUAAUAGUUGGGUUGUGUUUGUUGCCUCUGUGCUUCGAUUUGUUGCGAGGAGCUGCUGGAAAUAAAGACAGAGAGUAUAAUCGUAACGCUUUUCCUAAGGAUUUCAUUUUUGGUGCUAGUACCUCGGCUUAUCAGGUAGAGGGAGCAGCAUUAGAGGAUGGAAGGAAACCCAGCAUUUAUGAUACUUUUGCUCACCGUUCGAGGAAUGACACACGUAAUCCGGAUGUAGCGUGUGAUCAAUAUCAUAAAUACAAGGAAGAUGUUCAACUCAUGGUAGAAACAGGAUUGGAUGCCUAUCGAUUUUCUAUCUCUUGGUCGAGAUUAAUACCAAAUGGCAGAGGACCAGUUAAUCCUAAAGGUUUAAGAUACUACAACAAUCUCAUCAAUGAACUUAUCAGUCACGGAAUCGAGCCACAUGUUACAUUGACUCACACAGAUACACCACAGGUCCUUGAGGACGAAUAUGGAAGCUUCCUCAACCCCAAGAUCAUAGAAGACUUUAUAUCAUACGUAGACGUUUGCUUUAGAGAAUUUGGUGAUAGGGUUCGAUAUUGGACAACUUUCAACGAGGCGAACAUCUUCGUCAUUGGUGGUUAUGAUGUGGGGAUUACACCACCAAGUAGAUGUUCUUCACCGUUUGGAUUCAACUGUACCCGGGGAAACUCGACUACUGAGCCAUACAUCGUUACUCACCGUAUAUUGUUGGCUCAUGCAUAUGCUGCAAGGCUAUAUAAGGAAAAGUACCAGCCUAAACAACUGGGAUUUAUUGGGAUCAAUCUCCUUACUUUCCAUUUUAGUCCUCUUACGGACACACUAGAAGAUAUGGCUGCAGCUAAGAGAUGCUACGAUUUUUUAAUUGGCUGGUUUAUGCAUCCAUUGACAUAUGGUGAUUACCCUGAAAUAAUGAAGAAAAAUGGUGGCUCAAAAAUUCCGGUUUUCACAAAAAACGAGUCAGAAUUAGUAAAGGGUUCCUUCGAUUUUAUUGGAAUCAACUACUAUUACAUAAUGGGGGUCAGAGACAACUCUAUGAGUCUCACCACAGUGCAAAGAGAUUUGUAUGCCGACAUGGCAGCACAGUGGAUAGAUUUAGACACGGUUGCACCACCAGAAGAGUUUAUAUAUCCUAUUGAACCAUGGGGUUUAGAGCGAGUACUGGAGCAUUACAAAGAGGUUUAUCAAAAUCCUCCUAUCUUUAUUCAUGAAAAUGGUCAAGUGGCAAGUUAUACUACAUCCAUAAAUGAUCCAUUCAGGGUUGAAUAUUUGCAUGACUAUAUUGGGAUUUUGCUCAAUGCUGUGAGAAAUGGAUCCAAUACAAAAGGGUACUUUGUAUGGUCACUAUUGGACGUAUAUGAACUAUUGUUCGACUUUGAUUAUACCUUCGGACUAUAUUAUGUUGAUUACAAUGAUCCAAAUUUGACAAGACGUCCUAAGUUAUCUCAAAAAUGGUACUCUCAAUUUUUGAAGGGCAAAAACACUAACCACGGUUACAAAAAUGAAUCAAGUGGAGAUGCAACGACUCUCGAUGACCUCCGAUACAGGGCUUCAUAAAGCGGGGAAUGCUCUUAGAGACAUACGUCAGAAAUGGACUCAAAGUUAAUUGAUUAGCUACGUAGUACUACGUAUUAGUUAUCCAAUUAUUUCUUAUUUACUUUUCACUGCAUGAAUUUGGGCUUAACUUGUGUACUUCGUAUAACUUCUGGGUCUGAUUUUACUUUACAAACAGUCUCACCAAGCUUCUAGCCAGUGGGUAGUUGGGUACCGGUUCCUAAAAUUCAAGUUAUUGAAUCGGAAUAUGUCAGUGAUUUUUAUUGUCUUUGUAUUUCUGAUAUCAGGAAAGUAUAUGCUUACACGCAAAUUUUUGGCUAUACCUGGGUAUAGUCAAAGUUGGCUGUACCCCCAUCCAAAACGAUGUCGUUUUGUGUUGUUUAAAAUGAACAUUAAUAUACUGGUAUAAAAAUGAACAUUUACUAUUUCGGAAAUGAACAUUUAUUUAUUUA